GUGUCAAAGAUGGCCAAAGCAUUACUGAACCAGGUAUUCCAUCUCUCUAGAUACGUGUAUGUGGACGACUGUUAUAUUAUACUUCCGAGUCUCCAGGGAAUUGAAGUUCCAAAAUGGUUUGAUUCAGGUAAGGUGGACAUAAUUGUGCUUCCUGGUCAUGAAACUAAGUCUGAUAUAUGUCAACUCUUGAUCAAAAUCCCUAGGUCUUUGAAGGGAAAGAGAAUAGGAUUGGUUGUCUGUGUAGUAUUUGAAAUUACCCAAAACUUUUCUGCUGGUUCUUGUGGUUGCACGGCCACGUUCGUGAUUGAUAAUGUCCGGCAUGCUGGCAAAAAGCGAAUCUAUUUUGAUUCAAAAGGGGAGUUAUUAGCUCACAGUAAUGUAUGUGUGUGCCUCUCAUGUAUUGAUUUCAAGGAGCUAAAGGUGGUGGAUGUGGUUCGAGUGAUUUUUCGUAUGUCUAAGUCAGAUGCCCCAGGGUUGGUCCUAAAAAGUUUUGGGAUCCACCUGGCUAUGCAAGAAACUGAUGAUGAUCACAUAAGUGGUGAAGACUUGGCACUAGAAAGAUAUAGGCCGAUCGAUGCUAGCAUUUCUGAUUUUGACAACGAAGAAGGGGCAGCUGUAGCAUCAAUUGAAUCAGAUGACAGCAAUUCCGGGGAAGUACAUGAUGAUCAUCAUUACGUGGAACAAGGACAAGAUCAUGAAUCUCAUCGUCCUCCAAAAAGAUUUGAAUACUUGGCAAUAGGAAGAGCAAUGUUAGCAUUUCUGAGAUGCUUUGGAAUUACCUGCUUGUGAUCGUGGUCUAGCCUCCCAGCCAGCUAGCAACAAAUACAAAUUGAAGCCUUGAAGUACACUAUGAUCAUUAAUAGUCGGAUCUCAGAGGAAGCUUUUAUUUUGCCAAUGUCGGUCUUGAAGGAUGGCGGUUGAUGUUGAGAGGCAGAGGAACCAAUUAAUCUGGACUCAGGCAUGAUUUUGAGUCUCAACCAAUGCAUCCAGAACGUAGUGGACGAGAUGAUUCAAU